GUCACAGCAGCACAAAGACAGAGAGAGGAGCCUGUCAGACUGAGUCAGAGUAAAGCGCUCCUUUCUGGAUCUUACAGACACUCAGCACACCCCCCUGAGCCGGAGCAUGACUCCGGGACCGUUUCUGGACUAAGUUCGCUUCCGCUUUUCUCGAGGAUUUCGCGCUCAGAGAGCCAGGAUGGAGAGGAGCAUCCCGGGAUGGUGCUGCGCGCUGCUCAGCCUCCUGCUCCUGCACGGAUCCACCAGCAUGGCAGCGAAGGAGCUCCAGUGUCAGGAGAUCUCCGUGCCUCUGUGCAAAGGGAUCGGCUACAACUACACCUACAUGCCCAACCAGUUCAACCACGACACGCAGGACGAAGCCGGACUGGAGGUGCACCAGUUCUGGCCGCUGGUGGAGAUCAAGUGCUCCCCGGACCUGCGCUUCUUCCUCUGCAGCAUGUACACCCCGAUCUGCCUGGAGGACUACAAGAAGCCCCUGCCCCCGUGCAGGAGCGUCUGCGAGCGCGCUAAAGCCGGCUGCGCCCCCCUCAUGAGGCAGUACGGCUUCCCGUGGCCGGACCGGAUGAGGUGCGAGGUGCUGCCCGAGCAAGGCAACCAGGACACCCUGUGCAUGGACUACAACCGCAGCCAGACCACCACCGCGUCCCCUGUAGUCGCCAAGCCCACGAACCGACCCCUGAAGCCCUACAACCCGCGGAAGAAGAGCGGGUACGGCAGAGGGAUCCCCGGGAAGCACAAACCUGCCGCGUCUCCCUGCGAGCCCGGGUGCUUCUGCCGCGCGCCCAUGGUGCCGGUGAGCAGCGACGCGCACCAGCUGCACAACCGGGUCAAGACGGGACAGAUCCUGAACUGUGCCGUGCCGUGCCACAACCCGUACUUCACCCAGGAGGAGAGGACUUUCACGGCGUUCUGGAUCGGUCUGUGGUCCGUGCUGUGCUUCAUUUCCACUUUUGCGACCGUGGCGACUUUUCUGAUCGACAUGGAGAGGUUUAAGUACCCAGAGAGACCCAUCAUCUUCCUCUCUGCCUGCUACAUGUUCGUGUCCAUCGGAUACAUCGUCAGGCUCGUGGCUGGGCACGAGGAAGUGGCGUGCAACCGGGAGAACGGCGCAGAGCACAUCCACUACGAAACCACAGGUCCUGCGCUCUGCACCAUCGUCUUCCUGCUCAUUUACUUCUUCGGCAUGGCGAGCUCCAUCUGGUGGGUGAUUCUCUCCCUCACCUGGUUCCUGGCUGCAGGCAUGAAGUGGGGGAACGAGGCCAUCGCCAGCUACGCCCAGUACUUCCAUUUAGCCGCCUGGCUCAUCCCCAGCAUGAAAUCCAUCGCCGUUUUGGCGCUAAGCUCCGUCGACGGAGACUCUGUCGCUGGGAUUUGCUACGUAGGCAACCAGAACUUGGAUAACCUGCGAGGUUUCGUGUUGGCGCCGCUGGUUAUCUACCUCUUCAUCGGUACCAUGUUCCUCCUGGCCGGGUUCGUGUCUUUAUUCCGGAUCCGGAGCGUCAUCAAGCAAGGCGGCACCAAGACGGACAAACUGGAGAGGCUGAUGAUCCGGAUAGGGGUUUUCACCGUUUUAUACACCGUCCCCGCCACCGUCAUAGUGGCGUGCUACUUCUACGAGCAGCACAACAGGCAGACGUGGGAAAUUACGCACAAUUGUACGUGCAUGAGCGACCCGAACAGGCAGCGCCCGGACUACGCCGUGUUCAUGCUGAAAUACUUCAUGUGCCUCCUGGUGGGCAUCACGUCAGGAGCCUGGAUCUGGUCGGGGAAGACCUUGGACUCCUGGAGGACUUUCUGCACGCGCUGCUGCUGGGGGAGCAAAGCCUCAGCCAGCUCCAUGUACAGCGACGUCAGCACGGGACUCACCUGGAGGUCUGGGACGGCCAGCUCCGUGUCCUGCCCCAAACAGAUGCCCCUGUCUCGAGUCUGAGCGUCUUCUGUCGAUUAACACUUCAGACUUUACACCAGCGCAAAUAUGCUCUUUGGAGGAGGAAGACUGUUUUUAAAUGUUGUUUUUGUUGGUAAAUUAUUCAAAGUGAGCACCAAACUGCCAGUUUAGACGAGCACUCCCCCUAAUGUGAACUUUCUAAGCUCUGUUCUGUUCCUUUAACCCUUGUGUGGUCUUCAUCGUCUCUACAUGGACCGGUUUUAGUCAGCGGAAGGUCCAAGACAACCACCAGUGUAGAGCUCUUCUCCGUUAAGCUGAAAGCAAUCUUAGCAAGUCAUCAAAAUACUCUGAAGUAUCUCCUUUAGGACAGGAUUAACCAAACCUCAGUCACAGAUAUUUACACCCGUCUGCAAGAAAUCAGACUUUUUUAACUGAUGCCUGCAAUUUUAGCUCAGAGUAAUCUCCAGUUCAUUAUUUUAACAUGUUUAUCAUGAGAUUAUUAACUUUAUUCUGCAGAUUUGGAGCAUUUGGGGCUUUGAGGGUCUUGGACCUCGUUGUUGGGGCCCGGGCUCCUCUUUAAAAUCCAUUAUGAUGCUAUUUUGUUCACUCUGCCCCACACUAACAUUCAAAAUACACUCUUAAUCAGCGAGCAGUGUUCAUAGAAGUGGACUUCAAGCAGUAUUUGAUGCACGCCUGUAAAGACUAUAUUUUAACUCCUUUGUUUUAUGGUAAAACCUCCGACAGGAUAUUUCCUCUGCAGAUUAAUUUAACUAUUAACUCAAAAUCUACUUUGUGAGAAGAAACAGCUCUUUAGUCAUUGCAAACUUAAGAGAAACUGUAUUUUCUCUUCUACGAGCAGAGAGACUGCAUUACAAGAACAUGAAAAUAUAGUUGUGUCUUUUUGUACGGUGGCCCAGAGAGUCAAAUGCAAAAGCAUUUCAUGUGUACAACUUAAUUGCAAAGAAGGACAACAGUGUUUUGUAAAAUUUAAAACUAAACAUAUCAUUUAAUUUUAAGUUUUAUUAGACAUAUUGGGAUUUAUAAAACAUAAUCAUGAAACUCAAAAACAUUGUAGAAAAUAGUUUUGUAAAAUGCACAAACAACUUUCAAAACAAAAAUACCAUGAAUGCAAACAUAUUUUGUGAAAUGCCGAAACAUUAAUGAAACUUUAAACACAAACUCAUGAAUCUAAAACAAUUUUUAGAAAUGCAAAAAGAGCUACUAAAUGGAUAAACAUUUCUGACACAUUAUUAUUGACAUAACUCUAGAAUUAUUUAUGAAAUGCAAAAAUAAAUGUUGGGACAAAAAAUUCCUUGUAUGAAUAUAUUAACCCCUCAAAGCCUGUUAUAUGAUAUUUGAUACAAACUUUUAUGAUACCUCUAUCUCACCAACAGGAUCAAUAAAUUACUACAAAAAAUUCUGAAUACAAUCUGAUGAAUGAUAAAAACGCCCUCAAGUGGUUUAUCAGUUACCAAAAAUACCUAAUGUAUCAAAUGAGAUAUUAAAAAAAUAUAUAUACAUUAAUUUUGGGGGAAAUUUUUGGAAAUUUUUGGAUUUUAUUAGAAAGUGAAAUAAACAUUUCAGUUCUAAAAAAUGAGGAUUUUCUGGCAAUAAUUGUGUUUUUGGGCUUUAAGGGGUAAAUGAAUCAGAAAACAUUUCAUGAAAUACAAACACAUUUUUGAAAUGCAAAAAUAUUUUUACAAAUAUUAAAAAAAUAUUUCACAGGAUGGGAAACAUUUCAUCGAACACAAAGAUUUGGGAAACUCAGAAAAAUUUAAAACAAAAAUGGUUGAAAAAAUAAAAUAAACAAUAGGAAAAAUCUGUGUAUGCAAAAAAAAAUUCAGGAAACCCUAAAGGAUUUCAUCUUGCAUAAAUAUUUUAUGGAACAAAAGCUCAAUGCAAGCAGAAAUCACUUCAAAGCAAAGUUUGACAUUUUAAAAUCCUUCAUGAAAUGAAGCUCAACUUGUUUUACAACAGUUGCAAAAAGACUAAAUGACUAAAAAGACUAAAAAAAUAACGACACACAAAAACAAUUUUUGGAGCAAAUUUCCAAAGAGGAAAAACAGGUCCUAAAAUACAAAAUGUUUAUGAGAAUAGUUCAGUUACACAGUUCAAGAAAUGUUACAACAACUUUUAGACAAAACCUUGAUGACGUGUGAAAAUAUUUUGUGGAACGCAAAAAAAAAUGUGGAAUUUAAAAAUAGUUCAAAACACCAAUAACAGACAAAAAAAAAAACUGAAACAUUAAAAUUGAUCCAGAAAUACAAAACAAACAAGACAAAAACGUCCAUGUAUGCAAAAAAGUUUUAAUGAAAUAUGAAACUCGGAAACGUUUAUCACAUGUUCGAAAAUUUACAACAUAGAAAGACAUCCAUGAGACCGAAAAAGUUGUGCAAUGCAAAAAUAUUUAAAACACUUAAUGAAAUUCAAAAACAACUUUGAGUAUCAAAACAAAAACAUUGCUUUGACAGUGUUAUUACAUUUCAUUGAAUGUUUUUGCGUUCCAACCAAAUGUUUUUCCUUUGACGCUCCGUGGCCGCCGUAUAUUUGACCCUAAGACAGCACAAGGGUUAAACUUCAGAUCAGCCAGGACUUCAACCCUCCUAAAGUGCUCCUUUCUUGCCUUAUCCAGAUGACGUCCAUGGUUUGACUGGGGGGGUGGGGUGACUAACUGUGUUGGGAUUGUCUGUCAGCGUGUUGUAAUUAGCACGUUAAUGAGCGCCUAAUGGCUGCUCUUUAAACAAUGUGGCUGUCAGCAGCAGAACAAUGUACCUGGCACUGAGAAAGCCCGGUCUUAUCUGAGCUUCACUGAAUGCUGACUAGAUCCUCCUCGCCGAUAGGUUCAUGGUAUGGCUGAGGCUCCACGUUUUCUUUUACUGUAAAGAACCGCCGUGUCUUAAACGUCCACAUUCACAGCGAGACAGCUCAUUGGCUGUUUCCUCUACAACACAAAUCAAUGCCUUAACACUGCCUCAUACGGGUUGCAUCAGCACGAAAAGUGUAUUUAUAAAAUUA